AAAGUUAUAACAGAAGUAGAAUAAGUUGAAAACCAGAGCUAAAACGCUGAAAAAUCAGGCGCGCAUCGCAUUCUAACAAAGAUGUGCGGAAUCGCUCUGAUCAUCUCCGGCAUUCGCUUCGACUUAUCGUCUCUGCUUUUCGACACCACACCUCCGGUCAUAAACUCCGACCAAGUCAGUCCCUUUACUUCACUUUCCGGUCAACAAUUAUAUCUUUGCUGCCUCAACCCAUUUAACCAAACGCAGCUAGAGUUCACUGUAGCCGACCUCGCAGCCGCUCUGCGACGGAGGGGCCCAGAUAGCUUAGGCGCCAAGAAGCUUCUUCUUCAUUCAUCAGGUUCCGAAAUCGUGUCUGGAGUAGAGGCGGAGUUCAGCAAUUGCUUCUCUGCGGCAAAUGGUCGAACACCUUGUAUGCAUUUUUUUGGUGCUACUUUGCAGCUCAGGGGAGUGAACGCAGUAGUUCAGCCAUUGAUUGAUUCGUCUAAGAAUGUUCUUGUUUAUAAUGGUGAGAUCUUUGGGGGGAUUGAGAUUGCUAGUGAGGAGAAUGACGGUGAAGUUCUAAUGGGGUUGCUGGGAGGGUGUGAAGGUUGUGUGCCGAAUGUUGUUUCUAGGAUCAAGGGCCCUUGGGCUAUCAUCUAUUGGCAGGAAAGUUCAAGAACAUUAUGGUUUGGGAGAGAUGCAUUUGGUCGCCGGAGUCUUCUUGUUCAUUGGCCGACAGUGGAGGACUCUCGGUUUCUGUUAUCAUCAGUAUCACCCGUUGCUUCAAAUGAGCAUUCUUCUGCUGAAAAUGGAACAACCAAGCUUGGUUUUUGGGAGGAGCUGCCAUGUGGAAUAUACAGUGUAUCCAUAGAUGCUCCCGAUGGUGACGGGAGUUUGGUUGGUGAAGUGAAAAAGCAUGAAUGGACUAAUGCCAUGCUAGAAGAACUGAUAAAAUGGGAGAGAACAUCUGUCGAACCCAAACCCAAAGAGUUGCAUAGUUCACGUUGUGAGACUGUAAGAGGGCAACACGAUAUGAACUCACUUACUUCAGAUAUAGUGCCAAUGCCAUCUAAGUCAGGCAAUAUACAAGCUUCAAUUUCAGUGCCAGCAGAGGCUGUGCUGAUUGCUUUAAGGGAAUCAGUUUUGCGGCGAUCUUCACUGCACAGAAUUUUUCAGGCAAGUAUGCAUGAUGUGGAAAAGAAUCUUGUACCGGUGGCAGUUCUUUUUUCUGGUGGAUUGGACUCUAUGAUAAUUGCAGCAUUGUUGCAUGAGUACCUAGAUCCAAGCUAUGAGAUUGAUCUACUUAAUGUGAGCUUCGAUGGUCAGUCUGCUCCAGAUAGAAUCUCUGCCAAGGCAGGAGUGAGCGAACUGAGAAGAAUUGCACCUUUAAGAAAGUGGAAACUAGUGGAGAUUGAUGCUGAUUUAUCAAAUUUGACCUUUGAAACAAAGCGUGUAUUGUCUCUCAUAAACCCUGCCAACACCUACAUGGACCUAAAUAUAGGAAUUGCGUUAUGGCUGGCAGCUGGUGGGGAUGGAUGGGUUUAUGAGGAAAAUAGCAAAUAUAAUGAUGAGAAUCGUCAAGGUGUUAAAUACAAGUCAAAGGCUAGGAUUGUCCUUGUUGGUUCAGGUGCAGAUGAGCAAUGUGCUGGCUAUGGUAGGCACAGAACAAAAUAUAGAAGUGGAAGUUGGCUGCGACUGCAUGAGGAAAUGAAACUAGAUAUGCAAAGAAUAUGGAAAAGAAACCUUGGUAGAGAUGAUAGAUGCAUUGCUGACACUGGCAAGGAGGCAAGGUUUCCUUUCUUGGAUGAAGAUGUUAUACGAACUUUAUUGGGGAUUCCUCUCUGGGAGGUUACCAACCUUGAUCAACCAAGUGGAAUAGGAGAUAAGAAGAUUUUGAGAGAGGUUGCGGAAUUGCUUGGUUUACAUGAAGCUGCUACUCUGCCUAAACGAGCUAUACAGUUUGGUACAAGAAUUGCAAGGGAGUCCAAUAGAAAGAAUUUCGGAAGUAACCGUGCUGCAAAUCAGGCAUCUGCGGGAAGUGUGGUGAUUCACAAGCAGUUGGACACGGCUUAGUGGGAUUGUUUGAUGCAAGGCUAGCUAGAAGACAUGUUUACCUCUGUACUUGUAUUGUUGAUUUGUACGUUUUGGUCAACUUCAGUCUGAAUGGCUGUCAUUUUGUCAUUGUCAUCUUGGAAAUGAUUGAUUUGAAGGAAUUAGAACCAACAUUGUAUGUCUAAUUAGCAAUGAAACUUUUAUCUUUGAUUAGCUCUUA